UGCCCCUUGUUAUGAACCUUAGAAACCAAAUCUUGUUUGUAGGUUGUGUUGUGCCCUUUUGCCCUUUCCUCUCUAUUUUCAGUUUUCCCCUUUCCACCCUUCUCCUUGCUCUAUCUUUCCGGCACAUUUGAUCUGGGUUUUUUUCUGGGCAUCUUAUCACUGUUUGGACCCACCGUUUGCAUCAUUUUUCAAGAUUCAUUCUUCUCAGUUCUGGUGUGCGAGUGACAAUCUUGGAGGUAAUGGCUGACCAUGAUUUGAAUGUUGGGCAAAGGCGAGAUAUGCCACUGGUCCAGAACCAGCAUUUGGGACUAGGACAUAAUCAUGAUCUAGUCAUGGGAGCAUUGGUACAGGCUCAUGAACAUGAGCUCAAUCUGGAUAUAGUACAGGGUGGUGAUAAUGAUUUAGGUCUAGGGCAUAAUCAUGAUCGUGAAUUACUGAUGGAUCACGAAGUUGCUCUACAACAUGGGCAAAGCCAGCACCAUGAACAUGAGAAUGGAUAUGAUCACCAUGAUGAAAAGGAUAAUGGAUAUGACCAUGAGAAUAGUAAUGGGAAUGUGAUAGAUCCAGGUGAAGAAGAUAACCAUGAUAUUGAUCCAAAUGAGACUGUGAUGAACCAUCAUGAUCAUCAAUUGGUUGUUUCUGCAGAGAACCACGGAUUAGAUUUAUCAGAGAAUCAUGAUUUGACCAUUGUAGAGAACCAUGAACUUGAUGACAACUUAGAUCUUGAUGUGCACCGAAAUCACAAUAUGGAUAUGUCACAGCUUGUGGUCACUACUCCAAUCAUGCAAAACCGAACCCUGGUUCCUGCUCCCACUUAUGAAUUGACUGUUGGACAAGAGUUUCCUGAUGUCAAGAGCUGUCGCAGGGCGCUGAGGGACUGUGCAAUUGCUCUUCAUUUUGAGAUACAAACAGUUAAAUCUGAUAAAACUCGCUUUACUGCUAAGUGUGCCAGUGAGGGAUGCCCUUGGAGGAUUCAUGCCGCAAAACUACCAGGAGUUCCUACUUUCACAAUUAGGACCAUACAUACUGAACAUACCUGUGGUGGAAUUGCACAUCUUGGUCAUCAACAAGCCUCAGUCCAGUGGGUUGCAAGUUCUGUUGAGCAACGUCUUAAAGAAAACCCUCAAUGCAAGCCAAAGGAGAUAUUAGAAGAGAUUCAUCGUGUUCAUGGAAUCACUUUAUCCUACAAACAGGCUUGGAGAGGGAAGGAACGUAUCAUGGCUGCUCUGCGAGGGUCAUUUGAAGAAGAUUAUCGCCUUCUUCCACAAUAUUGUGAACAAAUCAGACGGACCAAUCCAGGAAGCAUUGCAUCAGUUUAUGUGAAUCCAAUGGACAACUGUUUUCAGCGCCUUUUUGUUUCAUAUCAGGCAUCCAUAUAUGGGUUUUUAAAUGCAAGUAGACCACUUCUUGGGCUUGACCGAACUGUUCUAAAAAGCAAGUACCUAGGGACCUUGCUAUUUGUUACUGCUUUCGAUGGUGAUGGUGCCCUCUUUCCAUUGGCAUUUGGGGUCGUGGAUGAGGAAAAUGAUGAGAACUGGAUGUGGUUCCUUUCUGAGCUACACAACUUAUUAGAAAUCAACACUGAAAACAUGCCAAAACUCACAAUCUUAUCUGACAGGCAGAAAAGUAUUGUUGAUGGAGUUGAAGCAAACUUUCCAACCGCUUUCCAUGGGUUCUGUAUGCGUCAUCUCACAGAGAGUUUCAGAAAGGAGUUCAAUAACACUGUGCUUGUCAACCUUUUAUGGGAGGCUGCUAGUGCCCUCACUGUCAUUGAAUAUGAAGGAAAGCUCUUAGAGAUCGAGGAAAUAUCACAGGAAGCCGCUUAUUGGAUCCGGCGAGUUCCGCCUCGUUUGUGGGCCACUGCGUAUUUUGAGGGCACAAGGUUUGGCCACUUGACUGCUAACAUAGUUGAAUCACUGAAUACAUGGAUACUAGAGGCCUCUGGCCUUCCAAUAAUCCAAAUGAUGGAGUGCAUCCGUAGGCAAUUGAUGACAUGGUUCAAUGAGAGACGUGAAGUUAGUAUGCAGUGGACAUCUAUUCUCGUCCCUUAUGCUGAAAGGCAUAUGUCAGAGGCUCUUGAGCGUGCACGAACUUACCAGGUACUCCGAGCUAAUGAUGCAGAAUUUGAAGUCAUCUCUCAUGAAGGAACAAAUAUUGUGGACAUUCGAAACCGUUGUUGUCUCUGUCGAGGAUGGCAGCUUUAUGGUCUGCCUUGUUCUCAUGCAGUGGCAGCUCUCCUCUCUUGCAGACAAAAUGUUCAUCGCUUUACAGAGAGUUAUUUUACAGUAGUAACAUACAGAAAAGCAUACUCUCAAACAAUACAUCCUGUUCCAGACAAGACUCUUUGGAGGGAAAUGUCAGAAGGAUCUCAAGGCGAACGUGGUUUUGAUAUUCUUAUAAACCCACCAAAAUCACUUCGCCCGCCAGGUAGGCCGAGGAAGAAGCGAGUUCGCUCAGAAGAUAAAGGUCGUGUGAAGCGGGUUGUGCAUUGCAGCAGGUGCAACCAGACUGGACACUUCAGAACAACUUGUUCAGCCCCUAUUUAGGUUUAAUGAUUAGGCCUCAGGGGAUGUGCAGUUUUCUUUAUUUAUGUGAAAAUUUAGGUUUCUCUAUCCCUCAUGUACUCAUUGCUAGUUUAUCAUUUGUUUUUACAAAAGAUUGAAAUUUGGGAUGCAACUUAUUUAAAAACUAGUACAAAUUUAGGAUUUCUUGACUCUUAA